GAGUCCGCGGCCCAGAGCGGGAAUGUCGAGGAGUUCGAAGGCGGUGCUGGGCCUCUCGGUGCUGCUGACGGCGGCCACGGUGGCCGGCGUGCAUCUGAAGCAGCGGCAGGACCGGCAGAGGCUUCGUGACGGAGUAAUCAGAGACAUUGAGAGGCAAAAUCAGAAAAAAGAAAACAUUCGUCUUUUGGGAGAACAGAUUAUUUUGACUAAGCAACUUGAAGCAGAAAGAGAGAAGAUGUUAAAAAAAGGAUCUCCAAACACUUGACUUUGUGAAAAAUUGGUGGGGUAGCCCUGGGUUAGUGUAUGUAUAAGUGGGUAUGUGCAUGAGUAUGUGUGUCCAUAGAGACUAGCUAGUGAGAUCUGUCCAUUUAAACUUUAUUAAAUAAAGGACAGUGGAUCCUGUCUUCCAAAUCACUUCUUUUAAGUCUGUUCUGUGUGGAUUCAGUACUCGUGGGCAGAUGCUUUUCUGAAGUUGUCUGGAGAGUCUUGCAGCAGUCCCUGUCAGCUUAGGAGAGCUUGUGAGCAGGGAAUGAUGGAGAGUAACAUCCACCUGGGUGCACUGCUGAGUCGGCAUGAUGAUGAAGCCACAAGAACGUCUACCUCGGAAGGGCUGGAGGAAGGUGAGGUGGAGGGAGAGACUCUCUUGAUUGUCGAAUCAGAGGAUCAGGCAUCUGUGGACUUAUCUCAUGACCAGAGUGGGGAUUCCCUCAACAGCGAUGAAGGAGAUGUAUCGUGGAUGGAGGAGCAGCUGUCUUACUUCUGUGACAAGUGCCAGAAAUGGAUCCCAGCCAGUCAGCUGAGGGAACAGCUCAGUUACCUUAAGGGCGAUAACUUUUUCAGGUUUACUUGUUCCGAUUGCUCGGCAGAUGGCAAGGAGCAGUAUGAACGGCUAAAGCUGACGUGGCAGCAGGUGGUCAUGUUGGCAAUGUACAACUUGUCUCUGGAAGGAAGUGGACGUCAAGGUUAUUUCCGGUGGAAAGAAGAUAUCUGUGCUUUUAUUGAGAAACAUUGGACUUUUUUACUAGGAAACAGGAAGAAGACUUCAACCUGGUGGAGCACGGUCGCCGGCUGCCUCAGUGUGGGGAGUCCUGUGUAUUUCCGUUCAGGCGCUCAGGAAUUUGGAGAGCCUGGAUGGUGGAAACUUGUCCAUAACAGGCCCCCAACAAUGAGACCUGAGGGAGAGAAGCUGUCUGCCUCUACUUUGAAAGUGAAAGCCUCAAAACCAACAUUGGAUCCCAUCAUCACUGUCGAGGGCCUCAGAAAACGGGCAAGCCGGAAUCCUGUGGAGUCUGCCAUGGAAUUGAAAGAGAAGCGGUCCCGAACCCAGGAAGCAAAAGACAUCAGAAGAGCACAGAAGGAAGCAGCUGGCCUGCUUGACAGGAGCGCCUCUUCUACCCCUGUCAAGUUCAUAAGCCGAGCCCGGAGGCCAGAUAUGGUUCUGGAGAAAGGAGAAGUGAUUGACUUCUCGUCCCUGAGCUCCUCAGACCGCACCCCCCUCACAAGCCCAUCUCCUUCCCCUUCUCUGGAUUUCUCUGCUCCGGGGACACCAGCCUCGCAUUCGGCCACCCCAAGCUUGCUUUCUGAAGCAGACCUCAUCCCAGAUGUGAUGCCACCCCAAGCCUUGUUUCAUGAUGAUGAUGAGCUGGAAGGAGAUGGAGUUAUAGACCCAGGGAUGGAGUACAUCCCACCCCCAGCUGGGUCAGCAGCUUCUGGGCUGCUUGGGAGCAGAAAGAAGGUCAGAGCUCCAGAGCAGAUAAAACAGGAAGUGGACAGUGAGGAGGAGAAGCCAGACAGGAUGGAUGGAGAUAGCGAAGACACAGACUCAAACACUUCUUUGCACACUCGGGCUCGAGAAAAGAGGAAGCCACCCCUGGAGAAGGACGUGAAGCCCAAGGGACCCAGGUAUACACCUGUGAGCAUCUAUGAAGAGAAGCUGUUGCUCAAGAGGCUGGAGGCGUGCCCCAGUGCCGUGGCCAUGACCCCAGAAGCUCGGAGGCUAAAGCGGAAACUGAUCAUCAGGCAAGCGAAGAGGGAUCGGGGAUUGCCACUUUUUGACUUGGACGAGGUUGUGAAUGCUGCCCUUCUGUUAGUCGAUGGGAUUUAUGGAGCCAAAGAUGGAGGAGCUUCCCGGCUUCCAGCUGGACAGGCUACAUACCGGACCACCUGCCAGGACUUCAGGAUCCUUGACCGGUACCAGACUGCUUUACCAACCAGGAAAGGAUUCAGGCACCAAACCACCAGAUUUUUGUAUCGUUUGGUGGGAUCAGAAGAUAUGGCUGUGGACCAAAGUAUUGUCAGCCCUUAUACUUCUCGGAUCUUGAAGCCUUAUAUCAGGCGUGAUUAUGAGACAAAGCCGCCCAAACUACAGCUCCUGUCACAGAUUCGUUCCCACCUGCACAGGAGUGACCCUCACUGGACACCUGAGCCUGAUGCACCUCUCGAUUACUGCUAUGUCCGACCAAAUCACAUCCCAACGAUCAACUCCAUGUGUCAGGAGUUUUUCUGGCCUGAAUAAACGAUUCAUCCUGUUUUGCUUCUGCCUAUGUUUAGAUAUCAGGUAAUGUCUCUCCAAGAUACACAGACUCAUAGCUGGGCAUGCAGACGCUUUUGGUUUUUCCUAAUAGUUCUUUAUGUUUUUGUUGUUUAGCUAUUUCUUAGAGAGUAUUAGGAUACCCAGAAGGUGUUUGUAAGAAGCCAAAUGCCCCUGACUUCAGGAGUCAGGGUAAACAAGGAUGAUUUGUCAUUUCAUCAGCCAAGACCUAGGCCAUCAUUGCUAAAUACAAGCAUGCUCUCAGUCGGCCUGCUCUGAAACCUACAGAUGUCACAGAUUUCCUCAGGGUUAGAGCCCUGCCCUGCUUAUGGUCUGACAGUGUGGUUCCAUCUCUUCUAGGGUGCUAUUGGGCCUAAGAGUCACAUUCUAGAAAUAUUGGCUCCUUCUGCCCUGAUGUUAGGUAUUUGCCACACAU